AUGAGGGGCCGGCGGGGCAGGCCGCCCAAGCAGCCCGCGGCUCCUGCUGCGGAGCGCUGCGCCCCGGCCCCGCCGCCGCCGCCGCCACCCACGUCCGGACCCAUCGGGGGGCUCCGAUCGCGGCACCGCGGCAGUAGCCGGGGCAGGUGGGCCGCCGCCCAGGCUGAGGUGGCGCCCAAGACGCGGCUGAGCUCACCCAGGGGGGGCAGCAGUAGCCGGAGGAAGCCGCCGCCGCCGGCCCCCCCCAGCACCAGCGCCCCGGGCCGGGGGGGGCGAGGAGGCGGGGGCGGCAGGACGGGGGGCGGGGGCGGCGGCGGCCACCUGGCCCGGACCACCCCGACCCGGAGGGCCGUCAACAAAGUGGUGUACGAUGACCACGAGAGCGAGGAGGAGGAGGAGGAGGACAUGGUCUCGGAGGAGGAGGACGGCGACGCCGAGGAAACCCAGGAUUCCGAGGACGACGAGGAAGAUGAGAUGGAGGAGGACGACGAUGACUCCGAUUAUCCGGAGGAGAUGGAAGACGACGCCGACGACGCCAGUUACUGUACUGAAAGCAGCUUCAGGAGCCAUAGCACCUACAGCAGCACUCCAGGUAGACGAAAACCAAGAGUACAUCGGCCUCGUUCUCCAAUAUUGGAAGAAAAAGAUAUCCCUCCCCUUGAAUUCCCCAAGUCCUCUGAGGAUUUAAUGGUGCCUAAUGAGCAUAUAAUGAAUGUCAUUGCCAUUUAUGAGGUACUGCGGAACUUUGGCACUGUUUUAAGAUUGUCUCCUUUUCGCUUUGAGGACUUCUGUGCAGCUCUGGUAAGUCAAGAGCAGUGCACACUCAUGGCAGAGAUGCACGUUGUACUUCUGAAAGCAGUGUUGCGUGAAGAAGACACUUCCAAUACUACCUUUGGCCCUGCUGAUCUGAAAGACAGCGUUAAUUCCACACUGUAUUUCAUAGAUGGGAUGACGUGGCCAGAGGUGCUGCGGGUGUACUGCGAAAGUGAUAAGGAGUACCAUCAUGUUCUGCCUUACCAAGAAGCAGAGGACUACCCUUAUGGACCAGUAGACAACAAAAUCAAAGUCCUGCAGUUCUUAGUCGACCAGUUUCUUACAACAAAUAUUGCUCGUGAGGAAUUGAUGUCCGAAGGGGUGAUCCAGUAUGACGACCAUUGUAGGGUUUGUCACAAACUUGGGGACUUGCUUUGCUGUGAGACUUGCUCAGCAGUGUACCAUUUGGAAUGUGUGAAACCACCUCUUGAGGAGGUACCAGAGGAUGAAUGGCAGUGUGAAGUCUGUGUAGCACACAAGGUGCCUGGGGUGACUGACUGUGUUGCUGAAAUCCAAAAAAAUAAACCAUAUAUUCGGCAUGAGCCUAUUGGAUAUGACCGAAGUCGGAGGAAAUACUGGUUUUUAAACCGAAGACUCAUAAUAGAAGAAGAUACAGAAAAUGAAAAUGAAAAGAAAAUUUGGUACUACAGCACAAAAGUCCAGCUUGCAGAAUUAAUUGACUGUCUAGACAAAGAUUACUGGGAAGCAGAACUUUGCAAAAUUCUAGAAGAAAUGCGUGCAGAAAUCCACCGGCACAUGGACAUAACCGAAGAACUGACCAAUAAAGCCCGAGGCAGCAACAAAUCCUUUCUGGCCGCGGCAAAUGAAGAAAUUUUGGAAUCCAUAAGAGUCAAAAAAGGAGAAAUUGAUCCAGCUAGAAGCCCUGCAGAAAUAGACAAGGACAAGAAUGAGACUGAGCAUGUUGAGUCCAAAGACUCUGAGAAAAGCAGAGAGGAGUUUGAAGAACAGUCCCUUGACAAAGACCAUGAUGACCAAACACCAGAUGAGGAUCCUGAACAAGGAAAAUCUGAGGAGCCAACAGAAGUUGGGGAUAAAAGUAACUCUAUGUCAACAAAUCUUGGCGACAACACAACAAAUGCUUCUUCCGAAGAGACUAGUCCCUCUGAGGGGAGGAGCCCCAUGGGGUAUCUCUCAGAAACCCAGGAUAGCAGCAACAUGGCAGAGAAGAAGGUGGCAUCUGAGCUCCCCCAGGAUGUGCCAGAAGAACCUAACAAGACAAGUGGCAGCAGUAUCAGUAGCGCUCCCCCUGCCUCCAUCCAGCCUGACCUGGAACGUAGGAGCAGCAGCAGUGAGCUCGGUGCCUCCCCGAGUGACUCUGCUAAGACAGCUGAUGGGCUUGAGAACGGAGAAAGAGGGCCUCAUACACCUGUCUCUAGUCAAGAAGAGAUAGUCGGGGAUUACAAAUCAGAGAAGUCCUAUGGCGAGAGAAGUGAGUCUCCUGGAGCUGGACGAGGUAGUUCAACUCGAAUUAUCACCAGAUUACGGAAUCCAGAGAGCAAACUGAGUCAACUGAAGAGUCAGCAAGUGGCAGCUGCAGCUCAUGAAGCAAAUAAAUUAUUUAAAGAAGGCAAAGAGGUUCUGGUAGUUAACUCUCAAGGAGAAAUUUCACGAUUAAGCACCAAAAAGGAUGUGGUCAUGAAAGGAAAUAUCAACAAUUAUUUUAAAUUGGGUCAAGAAGGGAAGUACCGCGUCUAUCACAAUCAGUACUCUACCAACUCCUUUGCUUUGAAUAAGCACCAGCACAGAGAAGACCAUGAUAAGAGAAGGCAUCUUGCACACAAGUUCUGUCUGACUCCAGCAGGAGAGUUCAAAUGGAAUGGUUCUGUCCAUGGGUCCAAAGUUCUUACCAUAUCUACUCUGAGAUUGACUAUCACCCAACUAGAAAACAAUAUCCCUUCAUCCUUUCUUCACCCUAAUUGGGCUUCACACAGGUCAAAUUGGAUCAAAGCCGUUCAGAUGUGUAGCAAACCCAGGGAAUUUGCAUUAGCUUUAGCGAUUUUGGAGUGUGCAGUUAAACCAGUUGUGAUGCUACCAAUAUGGCGGGAAUCUUUAGGACACACCAGAUUACACAGGAUGACUUCAAUCGAAAGAGAAGAAAAAGAGAAAGUUAAAAAAAAAGAGAAAAAACAAGAAGAGGAAGAAACAAUGCAGCAGGCGACAUGGGUAAAAUACACAUUUCCAGUGAAACAUCAGGUUUGGAAACAAAAAGGAGAGGAAUACAGAGUAACAGGAUAUGGCGGUUGGAGCUGGAUUAGUAAAACUCAUGUUUACCGAUUUCUACCUAAAUUGCCAGGCAAUACAAAUGUGAAUUACAGAAAAUCAUUAGAAGGAAGUAAAAAUAAUAUGGGUGAAAAUAUGGAUGAAUCUGAUAAAAGAAAAAGUCCACGAAGUCUAAAAAAAGUAAAAACAGAACUUGAUUCUGAAAAAGGUGAGGUAAAAGAUUCUGAUGCUGCAAAAGAAGUAGAUCAAAAUGAAAUGGACAUCUCAAAAAUUACUGAGAAAGAACCAGAUAUAAAAGAAGUUUUAGAUUCUGAUAAUGAUAAAUCCUUCAAGGAAGAACCAAUGGAAAUAGAUGAUGAUGUGAAGGUAGUAUCCCACAUGAAUUGCCAGGACAUUUCUCAAGUAGAUGUGGUCAAUGUGAGCGAGGGUUUUCAUCUAAGGACUAGUUAUAAAAAGAAAAUAAAGUCAUCCAAACUAGAUGGACUUCUUGAAAGAAGGAUUAAACAGUUUACACUGGAAGAGAAACAGCGCCUAGAAAAAAUGAAGUUGGAGGGUGGAAUUAAGGGCACAGGAAAGGCUUCUACAAAAAGUUUAUCCGAGUCACCAGUGGUAACAAAAGUAAAAGAAGGGUGUGACCUGCUUAGGCAAGAACAAAGCCCUAAUGCAAGAAAUGAGAAAUCUGAAGGUCUGAUUCAGGGUUGCUCACAGAGUGAUUCCUCAGUUCUGGGGCUCAGUGAUUCUAACCAUACAACAGACAGACUUUAUGCAAAGGAUCCAGCAUCAAACGAUCAAGCAGUGGAGGAUGUUUCCAUUCAGGGUACAGAAGGAAACAGUCAGAAACCGAGUUCUGUUGUAAAUGACAUAGACGAGAGUCUCUCUGACCCUGCCAGUAAAGUUCAGGAACCGAGCACUGUUCAAACAAAAGGAAGAGACGUUCUCCUGGACGCUUCUCGGCUAGCUGGUGCAAAUGAAAUUGCAGCUUUGAUUCGUCAGAGCAAAACGCCACUCCUCCAGGAGGACGAUGACACCAUUGUUUCUCCUUCUAAGAGCUCUUUGCUUCCAUCAAUACCGAAAAGUACCAGUGACAGAGAUGCCCCAUCUCUGUCAAAAACAAUGAGUUUUGAAGGAAAACUGGGAUGCGACUCUGAAUGUAAUAGCACUUUGGAGAAUAGUUCUGACACUAUGUCUGUUCAGGACAGCAGUGAAGACGAUAUGAUUGUUCAGAAUAGCAAUGAAAGUCUUUCUGAACAGUUCAUAACUCAGGAACAAGAUGGUGAAGACUCAGAUCCUUUAAAAAGCGACAUCAUUUCAGAUCAGGCCCCUGGGAACUGUGGUGGCAGGCUGCAGGCUAAGUUGUCUGAAGCCAAUGGUAAAAAAGCAAGUCAAGAACCAAAGUUAGAUGAGAGACCAGGUAAUAAACGUAUUUUAGAUCAAAUAAAUCUAAAAAGUUUCACUGACAAAAAGAAUAAUGAAAACCGAGAGUCUGACAAGAAAGGACAGAAAACAAGUACAUUUCAAAUCAAUGGAAGAGAUAACAAACCUAGAGUCUAUUUGAAAGGUGAAUGCUUGAAAGAAAUCCCAGAAAGUAAGGUAGUAAGUGGUGAUGUCGAACCAAAGGUCAAUAAUAUAAAUAAGACAGUUCCUGAAAAUGAUACUAAGUCAUUGACUGUUAAGGAGUCUGUUAUAAAGCCAUUCAUGAAUGGUGAUGUCGUCAUGGAAGGUUUUAAUGAAAAAAACAACUUGGGAACAAGAUCACGUUUACUGAGUUCGUCCGACACUGAAGGCGAUUACCAAGAUAGCCUUGAAGCCCUGCCAUCAACCAAAGAAGAGUCUGAGAGCAUACACACUAUCACAGUUCCACCCUCUCAUCCAGAAAGAAGUUCACUUCAUCAGGUUGAAGACAUGGAAAUUGAAACUUCAGAAGUUAAGAAAGUUCCUCCAUCACCUGUUACUUCUGGAGAGGAAUCUAACCUCAGCUGUGAUUUCAUUGAUGAAAAUGGUCUGCCUGGUAACAAAGAUGAAAAUGUCAAUGGAGAAACUAAAAGAAAAACCGUCAUCACAGAAGUCACCACGAUGACAUCAACAGUGGCCACUGAAUCAAAAACAGUGAUUAAGGUAGCAAAAGGAGACAGGCAAACGGUGGUCUCUUCCACAGAAAACUGUGCCAAGUCCACUGUCACAACCACCACUACAACGGUGACAAAGCUCUCCACACCCUCCACCGGCAGCAGUGUGGACAUCAUCUCUGUAAAGGAGCAGAGCAAAACCGUGGUCACCACAACACUGACGGACUCCCUGACCACCGCAGGAGGAACUCUGGUAACAUCUAUGACUGUGAGCAAAGAAUAUUCCACAAGAGACAAAGUGAAAUUGAUGAAAUUUUCAAGACCUAAGAAGACACGCUCAGGUACAGCUCUGCCGUCCUAUAGAAAGUUUGUUACUAAGAGCAGCAAGAAGAGUAUAUUUGUUCUACCUAAUGAUGACUUAAAAAAGUUGGCCAGAAAAGGAGGAAUCCGAGAAGUCCCUUAUUUUAAUUACAAUGCAAAGCCUGCCUUGGAUAUAUGGCCUUAUCCUUCUCCCAGACCAACCUUUGGUAUCACGUGGAGGUACAGACUUCAGACUGUAAAGUCCCUUGCUGGAGUGAGCCUUAUGUUACGAUUACUGUGGGCAAGUUUGAGGUGGGACGAUAUGGCAGCCAAGGCCCCUCCUGGGGGUGGGACCACACGAACAGAAACUUCUGAAACCGAAAUCACAACAACAGAAAUAAUUAAGCGGCGAGAUGUUGGUCCUUAUGGCAUUCGGUCUGAAUAUUGUAUCAGGAAAAUCAUUUGCCCCAUCGGAGUUCCAGAAGCACCAAAAGAAACGCCUACACCUCAGAGGAAAGGCCUGCGAUCAAGUGCAUUACGGCCAAAGAGACCAGAAACACCCAAGCAAACUGGCCCUGUUAUUAUUGAAACCUGGGUAGCGGAAGAAGAGUUGGAAUUAUGGGAGAUCAGGGCAUUUGCUGAAAGAGUGGAGAAAGAGAAAGCACAGGCAGUUGAGCAACAGGCUAAGAAACGAUUGGAGCAACAGAAGCCAACAAUAAUUGCAGCUUCCACUACUUCCCCAACUAACAGUACCACCACUACCAUCUCUCCAGCACAGAAAGUUAUGGUGGCCCCCAUAAGUGGCUCAGUGUCACCUGGAGCUAAAAUGGUGCUAACUACUAAAGUUGGGUCUCCGGCUACAGUAACAUUCCAGCAAAACAAGAACUUCCACCAAACCUUUGCUACGUGGGUUAAGCAAGGCCAGUCGAAUUCAGGUGUUGUUCAAGUACAACAAAAAGUCCUGGGUAUCAUUCCAUCUAGUACAGGUACAAGUCAGCAAACCUUUACUUCAUUCCAACCCAGGACAGCGACUGUCACAAUUAGGCCCAACACCCCAGGCUCUGGAGGAACCACAAGCACUUCACAGGUAAUCACAGGACCCCAGAUCCGCCCUGGUAUGACAGUGAUUCGAACUCCCCUCCAACAGCCAGCACUGGGAAAGACAAUUAUUCGAACACCUAUGAUGGUACAGCCAGGUACUCCUCAACAAGUGAUGACUCAGAUCAUCAGAGCGCCACCUGUGCCUUCCACGGUCUCUCCUUCGAGUGCAGUCUCCUCAACCCCUGGGCAGAAAGGACUCGCUUCAGGCACAGCCACUGCAAACCUACCGCCCCCACGCCCCCAACAGGGACAGGUGAAGCUCACCAUGGCUCAGCUCACUCAGUUAACACAGGGCCACGGUGGCAAUCAAGGUUUGACAGUAGUCAUUCAAGGCCAAGGCCAAACCACUGGGCAGCUGCAGUUAAUACCUCAAGGGGUGACGGUACUUCCAGGCCCAGGGCAGCAGCUCAUGCAAGCUGCAAUGCCAAAUGGGACUGUUCAGCGGUUCCUCUUUACCCCCUUGGCAACAACAGCCACUGCAGCCAGUACCACCACCACCACCACCGUCUCCACUACAGCAGCAGGUACAGGUGAACAACGGCAGAGUAAAUUAUCGCCCCAGACACAGACACAACAAGCCCAACCCCUGCCACCUGCUCAGUCAUCCGUUGUCAGUCCUCCGGAAGCCCCGUCACAGACUGCUCAACCUUCAGCUCAGCCCCAGCCCUCAACCCAGCCUCCGUCCCCUGCUCAGCCUGAAGUUCAGACUCAGCCUGAAGCUCAGACCCAGACAACUGUUUCCUCCCAUGUUCCUUCUGAAACACAACCCAUACAAACACAGUCAUCUAAACCCCACGUUUCAGAACAGUGUCAGCCUCAAAGUAACGUCCAAGGCCAGUCUCCUGUGCGUGUCCAAAGUCCACCACAGACUCGAAUACGUCCUUCAACUCCAUCCCAAGUGUCUCCUGGACAGCAAUCCCAGGUUCAGACUACAGCCUCACAGCCGAUUCCAAUUCAACCACAUGCUCCUCUUCAGAUACCUUCCCAAGGCCAACCACAGCCACAACCCCAGGUGGUGAUGAAACAUAAUGCUGUAAUAGAACAUUUAAAACAGAAAAAGACCAUGACUCCAGCUGAAAGAGAAGAGAAUCAAAGAAUGAUUGUCUGUAACCAAGUGAUGAAGUAUAUUUUGGAUAAGAUAGAUAAAGAAGAAAAGCAGGCAGCGAAAAAACGGAAGCGUGAAGAGAGUGUGGAACAAAAACGGAGCAAGCAGAAUGCGACCAAGCUCUCGGCGCUGCUCUUCAAACACAAAGAGCAGCUCAAAGCCGAGAUACUGAAAAAGAGAGCCCUCCUGGACAAAGACCUCCAGAUUGAAGUCCAGGAAGAGCUAAAGAAAGACCUCAAACUUAAGAAAGAAAAAGAGCUGGUGCAGGCCCCAGCAGUAGCUGCAGCUCCGCCAGCCCCUCCACCUUCACCUCCGCCCACGCCGCAGCACGCAAGCCUCCUGCCCACGCCCAUGCUUCCUGUGGCCUCCCAGAAGAGGAAGAGGGAAGAGGAAAAAGACUCCAGCUGCAAGUCCAAGAAGAAGAAAAUGAUCUCUACUACCUCAAAGGAAACUAAGAAGGACACAAAGCUUUACUGUAUCUGCAAAACGCCUUAUGAUGAAUCUAAGUUUUAUAUUGGCUGUGAUCGGUGUCAGAACUGGUACCACGGGCGCUGCGUCGGCAUCUUGCAGAGUGAGGCAGAGCUCAUUGAUGAGUAUGUCUGUCCGCAGUGCCAGUCAACAGAAGAUGCCAUGACAGUGCUCACCCCGCUGACGGAGAAGGAUUAUGAGGGGCUCAAGAGGGUGCUGCGCUCCUUACAGGUUGACCUUGCCACCAUGGAAGAAAGAGUACAACGGCGGUAUUAUGAAAGGCUGACGGAAUUCGUGGCGGAUAUGACCAAAAUUUUUGAUAACUGUCGUUACUACAAUCCAAGCGACUCCCCUUUUUACCAGUGUGCAGAAGUUCUUGAAUCUUUCUUUGUACAGAAAUUAAAAGGAUUCAAGGCUAGCAGGUCUCAUAACAACAAACUUCAGUCUACAGCUUCUUAA